CCGUCCAGAUGGCGCGCCCAUAACGCGCUCUUGCUAAAUCAACCGAAAUAAACAUAAUUUAACAUAAUGGAGAAAGAAUUAGUAAAGGAAAUCGCUGAGUUACGGAAACUGUUGCAUGAGAAGGAAAAUAAACUUGCUGCGUUGCGUCGAGAAAAAGAAAUUCUGCAAAGCUAUGGACUAAGCAAUAAUGAAGUUUGUAAAUACAGUCGGCAAAUUCUUAUUCCAGAGAUUAAUAUUAAAGGUCAAGUAAAAAUAAAAAAUUCAUCUGUCCUCAUUGUCGGAGCAGGUGGACUUGGUUGUCCAUCUGCAUUAUAUUUAGCUGGUGCUGGAGUUGGUUGUAUUGGAAUUGUGGAUUAUGAUGAUGUAGAAGUUAAUAACUUGCACAGGCAGUUGUUAUUUACAGAAGAUAAUAUUGGUACACCUAAAGUGGAUGCUGCUGCAGAGUUUAUAACUCGGUUGAAUAGAAAUGUUAAAAUAAUUCCAUACAAGCUUCAGCUGAGUAGCAGUAAUGCUCUACAAGUAAUUGAAAAUUAUGACAUUGUCUUGGAUUGCACUGAUAACGUGGCUACAAGAUAUUUACUGAAUGAUGCCUGUGUGCUCAGUGGGAAACCUUUAGUAUCUGGUUCUGCAUUAAAAUUUGAGGGACAGUUAACAGUAUAUAAUUAUAAAGGGCCUUGUUACAGAUGUAUAUUUCCUACACCACCUGCACCUUAUACAGUAACUAACUGUGGAGAUGGUGGUGUUGUUGGUGCUGCUGUUGGAACAAUCGGACUUUUACAAGCUCUGGAAGCAUUGAAGAUUAUACUAGAAAUGCCUGGUGUACUUACAAGGCGUUUGUUACUCUUUGAUGGCACAGAAACAACAUUUAGAAACAUAAAAUUACGUCCAAAAAACCUAAAUUGUGCCAUUUGUGGAAAUAAUCGUACGAUACAUAAAUUAAUUGAUUAUGAACAGUUUUGUGGCGCCAAAGCAAAUGAUAAAAAUCCUGAUUUGAAGAUAUUGAGAGAUGACGAAAGAGUCACCGUCGAGGAUUAUCAUAAAAUGUAUAAUUCACAACUAACUCCUCAUAUUCUAAUCGACGUACGAUCUCCCGAAGAAUUCGAGAUUUGUCAAAUAAAAAAUUCCAUCAAUGUACCGUUCACAGAAAUUGAGAAAGACGGUUGUUUAGCAUUAAUUGAAGCAGAGGUAAACAAAAGACAACAAGAAGACGACAUAGUUGAAGUGUUUGUUUUAUGUCGCCGUGGAAACGAUUCUCAGAACGCUGUGAAACGUUUGCAAAAGUACUUUGAUAAUCCUAACGUAAAAAUAAGAGAUAUAGAAGGAGGUAUCCAUGCGUGGUCACGUAAAUUUGAUCCCCUCUUCCCAAUAUACUGAUUACACGAAUGAGAGAUCAAUUUGCGUUUUUUAUAUCCGAUUAUGUGAACUAUCUUGCGGAACAAAGAAAAAUUAUUUUUAUACAAUAAACUUUGGCAAGAACUAUA